AUGGCAACUUUAGAGGAGACAAAAAAUGUUGCUAUCAUAUUUGGGGUCACUGGACUAGUUGGGAGAGAGUUGGCUAGGAAGCUACUUUUAGAAUCUUCUUGGAAGGUUUAUGGUAUAGCUAGAAAUCCAGAGACACCGUCCACUCUUAUUAUAAGCCCUUGUUACCAUUUCAUUUCUUGUAAUUUGCUGAAUCCUUUGGAGACUCAGAAGAAGCUGUGUGGCUUACAAGAUGUGACACAUGUGUUUUGGGUCACAUGGGCUAGCCAGUUCCCAUUAGAGACCCAAGAAAGUUGUGACCAUAACAGGACCAUGAUGUCCAAUGCUUUGGAUUCUAUGCUCUCAGUAGCCAAGAAUCUAAAGCAUGUUUCCCUUCAGACAGGGACAAAGCACUAUGUAUCACUGCAGGCCACUUUUGAUGAAGAAAAGGUACACUAUUACCAUGAAGAGUUUCCAAGAAUGAGCAAAGCCCCUAAUUUCUACUAUGCCCUUGAGGAUUUGCUCAUGGAGAAAUUGAAUGGUAAGGUGUCUUGGUCUGUGCAUAGGCCUGGUUUAUUGUUGGGAUGUUCUGUUAGAUCAUUUUAUAACUUCAUGGGUAGCUUAUGUGUUUAUGGGGCUAUUUGUAAGCAUUUGAAGCUCCCUUUUGUGUUUGGGGGAACAAGGAAGUGUUGGGAAGAGUCCUAUAUUGAUGGGUCAGAUGCUAGGCUUGUAGCUGAUCAACACAUUUGGGCAGCCACAAAAAGUGAUAAACUUUCCACCAAUGGCCAAGCUUUCAAUUCCAUUAAUGGCCCAAGUUUCACUUGGAAGGAGGUUUGGCCAAUUGUUGGGAAGAAAUUUGGGGUGCAAGUUCCCCAAGACAUGUUUGUUGAGAAUUUUUGGUUUACAAAAGCCAUGGCUGAGAAGGAGGGAGCUUGGGAAGAGAUUGUGAUGGAAAAUGGGUUGGUUCAAACAAGCAUUGAAAAUUUGGCUAACUGGGAAUUUCUAGAUGCCUUAUUUAGAUUCCCUUUGAAACUCUUGGGGAGCAGAAAUAAAAUUGAUGAGCUUGGUUUUGGUGCAAGGUAUAAGACAUUGAAUUCAAUAUUGUAUUGGAUUGAUUGCAUGAGAGAUGAGAAGUUGAUUCCCUAG